UCGAUUUCUUCAUUCACUUGAGUUUUCUCAACAAUUGCUCAACACUUGUGUCGAUUGUAUUCGAAAAUCUGUUUUUCGCCGCAAAUGACGACAAAAACCAAAUUAUGACUGAUUUGUGAAACCAUUUGAUUGUGAAUUCAAGAGAGGAUUGAUUCAACACUUUUACUACAAAAUUUUGAAAUAAUUGGCAAAAAUGUCAGCAAAACGUAAAUCGUUUCCAAACAAAAUUGCGCCACAAAUUGAUGACCAAAAGAUCGACGAAGAAGAAGAAGACGACGAUUACAGUUCAGACAAACAUAUUUCAUGUGAUGACGAAAGUGAUAUCGAUGUCGACGCUCAGCCCGAAGACUAUCGUUUCAAUGGAACAAAUGAUGUCAACAACACUAAAGACAGACAACACAACAGACUUCACGGCAAUAACGGCAACAAUAAUAACAACAUUAUUAACAGUUAUCUUAUGAUGACAUCAGAAGCGUCGACCACUGACUCGGAAUACGAGAGCGAAAGCAGUGCUAAUUCAUCGAAAUCGACGGAAAAGAGACGAAAACUGAAACUAAAUAAGCGGUCGAUCGAUGAAGUGCUCAACAGAUUAAACAAAAACAACAAUCAUUUCAAACAAAGCAGAGGAGGAACUGGCGAUGCGUCCAACAAUUUGGUGGAAAACUUGGCCUCACUUUGUGCUGAUGGCGACCCCCAAGUCGUGACUCACACCGAAAGAAAACUCAACGAAAUGAUUGAACAAUUGUCACAAUUACGGGAAAAUCUAUUAUUAAAGCAACAUGAGCACCAACAGUCAAAAAACUUGUCUCCUUCUUCACAAUUGACGGGUGAACUGCAAAGACACCAAACGGAACAAAUCGGUAGACAACAGCAACAAUUGGCACAACAACAACACAAAAUACAAGAACUACAGGGCCAACUCAACGCUCAUUACAUGACAGCAGCGGCUAAACUAAUGCCCAACUUUUUGGGUCCACAGGCGGCCGCUGCCGCUCAGGUCAUGUUCUCACCCUUUAUGGACGCAUCUUUAAAACUAGCGCCCGGUGCACGAAAUGCAUUCACUGAUGCUAAUCUCUUCAACCAAAUGGUUCAAACAGGAGCAGUUGGAUCAGCUCUUUCACAAUCGUCUUCGACAUCCAUGUCCAGUACAAAAUCGCCCAAUUCUGUCAACAAUUUCAAAAUGGAGUCGCAAUCAGCGCAUCGGCUAAUGAUGAACAGCCCGUCACCGGCCAAACAAAUGACUCGACACGAGUCCUCAGGUCUUCCGGCAGAUCUGUCGAUGAAAAACAAAUUCAAUUCAAACAAUUCGAGAAAUUCGAGAAAUUCGAGUCCAUUAGAGGACAGAAACGACAAAACAAACUCAAACUCUACGAACAGUCGCUGUACGGAAACACCGCUCAAUCUUUCAAAAACUAAAUUAUCACAAAACAUGACUUCUUCAUCGCCAUUGCAAUCGUUUUCGCCAAACGCCUCAAUGAUAAUGACUGGAAUCAAUGGCUGCACAACUUAUGUCUCAUCCAAACCUUCAUUCAAUAGAAACCAUUCUCCGGGUUCUUCUCCUCAAUCAAUGCCAACAAUGAUCUCAUCCCAGUUAUCACAAUUACCACAAUUACCACAACCUCCUUCGCCAUCAGCAUUCUUCGCAAGUCCAGGUCUGACACCUAAUCAUCAAUACGCGUUGUCUCAAUACGCAUUGGGAAUGGGCUUUAGACCACCGCAUAUGGGACACGACAUGUCCCCAAUGUCCAUGUCUUCAGAUAAGGCAAACUUUAAUGCUUUUGGAUCACUAUUAUUACCCGAUUUGUCAAAACUGACGCCAACUUCGACCGUGACUUCAGUGGCUAUCGGAUCACAAAUGGACAGACAUCGCGAAUCUCAACAACAAUCACAACAAAACGACAACACGGAGACCAUCGUCACGUGUCAGAACAAGAUAUUGGGCGCAAAGAUAAUCCGUCAGCAAAAGCGAGACCAAGACGGCAAACCUCAUGUCAAGAGACCGAUGAAUGCUUUUAUGGUUUGGGCUAAAGAUGAACGAAGAAAAAUACUUAAGGCCUGUCCUGAUAUGCAUAACUCGAAUAUAUCUAAAAUCUUAGGUGCUCGUUGGAAGGCAAUGACAAACACUGAGAAGCAGCCCUACUAUGAGGAACAAUCACGUCUAUCAAAGGUUCAUAUGGAGAAGCAUCCAGAUUACAGAUACAGACCCAGACCUAAGCGCACCUGUAUUGUUGACGGCAAGAAAUUAAGGAUUUCUGAAUACAAACAACUUAUGCGUCAGAGAAGGCAAGAUAUGAAAAAUUUAUGGUUUCAGAGCGGAUCGGGAUUUGAUCCAAUGGAGUCUUCGUCAGGGAAUGGUUUACCUAUGUUUCCAUCGAGUAGUGAUGGCAAUGAUGACUAUCAGAGCCGAUCACCCGCGUCCUCCUUCAGCAUUGACGACAAGUCUUCCGCGCCGUCGACACCAAGAGAUUAUUCGAUUAGUCCUAAAACUGAAGACUUGGACAACACAUUAGAGUUGGACUCUUCGACUAUCAAUUGAAAUGCAAUCCUUUAUUAGUUAUUUUUUGUUCAUUAUUUCGUUUCAUGUCUUCUAAUUAUUAUACAUAUUAUAGUUAAUAAUUAAGAUUUUAAUUAACAAAUUAAGGGUACAAUUUAUAUAUCAGGAAUUGGUUAUCUAUUGUUUCUAUUAAUCAAUUCAUUAAUCAUAUAUAUAUACAGUAUAUAUAU